CGCGCGAGAGGAAGGCGGGUUCCCAUUGGCGGACCGUGAAGCGAAGGGGGGAAGGCGGGGGGGAGAAGCGUCUAGUUCCCCUCAGGCGAAGCCCCGCCUCCCUUUCCUGUGAGCGCCCUUCGCGAGGAAGAAGAAGGAGGAGGUCUUUCGGGGGGAGAGAGAGAGAGAGAGGAGUAUUUAUACCUCGCCCUUCUCGCCCCGAAGGGGACUCAGAGCGGCUUUACCGAAUACACACACGGCAAACGUCCAAUUCCUGAUUCUACAGUUAACAAGGACAGACAACACAGACAGAGGGAUCGUGCUUGGUCUGACCUCUCUGCCAUGACGUUCCGUCUUGGGUGGCCCUGCACGGUAUAGCCCAUGGCUUCAUUGAGGCACUCAAGCCUCAGCACCACGUCAAGGUAACCUCUGAAUGAACCUUGUGAAGAACACUUUGCCCUUUUUUAACAUCUGAAAUGAAAGUACACAGCACUGACAAAAAGAAGAAAUAAGUUGGAGAAAUUAUAUUUCAAGCUACAUACCUGUGUAUUCAAGGAGGCAAGGGAGAUGUGUGCUGUAAGAAGAGGAGCUUCGUAAAGAGAAAUGAAGACUCCAGCAAGGCAAAGACUGUUUAGUAGUAAAUAAUUGGGAAUUUCUGGCAUCAUAAUUGAAUAAUAAAUGUUAAAGAAUGGAAAAUUCCUUGUCAAAACCAAACACGAGGGAGAAGUUACAUAAUUGUGUUAAUUGUGGGAAAUGUUUCAUUGGAAGAUAUUUUCUUACUAAACAUCAACAAACUCACACAGGAGAGAAACCAUAUAUAUGUGUGGAAUGUGGAAAGAGCUUCAGUCAGAGUGGACAUCUGCAUAUCCAUCAAAUGACCCAUGUAGGGGAGAAGCCACAUAAAUGCCUGGAAUGUAGAAAGAGCUUCAGUCAGAGUGGAGAUCUGCGUAACCAUCAAAGGACCCACACAGGGGAGAAGCCACAUAAAUGCAUGGAAUGUGGAAAGAGCUUCAGUCAGAGUGGAAAUCUGCGUUCCCAUCAAAGGAUCCACACAGGCGAAAAGCCACAUAAAUGCAUAGAAUGUGGAAAGAGCUUCAGUGAGAGAGGAAAGCUGCGUAUCCAUCAAAGGACCCACACAGGGGAGAAGCCACAUAAAUGUAUGGAAUGUGGAAAGAGCUUCAGUCAGAGUGGACAUCUGCGUACCCAUCAAAGGAUCCACACAGGCGAGAAGCUACAUAUAUACGUGGAAUGCGGCAAGAGCUUCAGUAAGAGUGGACAUCUGCGUACCCAUCAAAGGAUCCAUACAGAGGAGAAGCCACAUAAAUGCAUGGAAUGUGGAAAGAGCUUCAGUCGCAAUACAAGUCUGAAUAUCCAUCAAAGGACCCACACAGGAGAGAAGCCAUAUAAAUGCCUGGAAUGUGGAAAGAGCUUCAGUAAGGGUGGACAUCUGCGUUCCCAUCAAAGGAUCCACACAGGGGAGAAGCCACAUAUAUGCAUGGAAUGUGGAAAGAGCUUCAUUCAGAGUGGAGAUCUCCAUACUCAUGAAAGGAUGCACACAGGAGAGAAGCCACAUAAAUGCGUGGAAUGCGGCAAGAGCUUCAGUAUGGGUGGACAUCUGCGUACCCAUCAAAGGAUCCACACAGGGGAGAAGCCACAUAAAUGCAUGGAAUGUGGAAAGAGCUUCAGUGAGAGUGGAAAUCUGCGUAAUCAUCUAAGGACCCACACAGGAGAGAAGCCACAUAAAUGCCUGGAAUGUGGAAAGAGCUUCAGUCGUAGUGGACAUCUGCGUUCCCAUCAAAUGAUCCACACAGGGGAGAAGCCACAUAAAUGCAUGGAAUGUGGAAAGAGCUUCAGUGAGAGUGGAACGCUGCGUAUCCAUCAAAGGACCCACACAGGGGAGAAGCCACAUAAAUGCAUGGAAUGUGGAAAAAGUUUCAGUGAAAGUGGAACGCUGCGUAUCCAUCAAAGGACCCACACAGGAGAGAAGCCAUAUAAAUGCCUGGAAUGUGGAAAGAGCUUCAGUACGAGUGAUCAUCUGCGUACCCAUCACAGAAUCCAUACAGGGGAGAAGCCACAUAAAUGCAUGGAAUGUGGAAAGAGCUUCAGUGAGAGUGGAAAGCUGCGUAUCCAUCAAAGGACCCACACAGGGGAGAAGCCACAUAAAUGCAUGGAAUGCGGAAAGAGCUUUAGUCAGAUUGGAGAUCUCCGUAUCCAUCAAAGGACCCACACAGGGGAGAAGCCACAUAAAUGCAUGGAAUGUGGAAAGAGCUUCAGUGAGAGUGGAACGCUGCGUAUCCAUCAAAGGACCCACACAGGGGAGAAGCCACAUAAAUGCAUGGAAUGUGGAAAAAGUUUCAGUGAAAGUGGAACGCUGCGUAUCCAUCAAAGGACCCACACAGGAGAGAAGCCAUAUAAAUGCCUGGAAUGUGGAAAGAGCUUCAGUACGAGUCAUCAUCUGCGUACCCAUCACAGAAUCCAUACAGGGGAGAAGCCACAUAAAUGCAUGGAAUGUGGAAAGAGCUUCAGUGAGAGUGGAAAGCUGCGUAUCCAUCAAAGGACCCACACAGGGGAGAAGCCACAUAAAUGCAUGGAAUGCGGAAAGAGCUUUAGUCAGAUUGGAGAUCUCCGUAUCCAUCAAAGGACCCACACAGGGGAGAAGCCACAUAAAUGCAUGGAAUGUGGAAAGAGCUUCAGUCAGAGUGGAAAUCUGCGCACCCAUCAAAGUAUUCACUCAGGGAAGAAGACACAUAAAUAAAAGAAGUGCAUAGAAGCCAGAAUGGAUGUCCAAAGAACUUCUAACUAGGCUACGACUCAAAAGAGACAUGAAGAAGAAGUGGAAAAGGGGAGAAAUCGCCAAAUGAUAGAAUCAUAGAGUUGCAAGAGACCUCAGGGGGCAUCUAGUCCAACUCCUGCCAAGAAGCAGGAAAUUGUAUUCAAAUCACCCCCAAGAGAUGGCCAUCCAGCCUGUUUAAAAGCAUCCAAAGAAGGAGCCUCCACCACACUCAGCGGCAGAGAGUUCCACUGCUAAACAGCUCUCACAAUUAGGAAGUUCUUCCUCAUGAUCAGGUGGAAUCUCCCUUCCUGUAGUUUAAAGCCAUUGUUCUGCAUCCUAGUCUCCAGGGCAGCACAAAACAAGCUUGCUCCCUCCUCCCUAUGACUUCCCCUCACGCAUUUGUACAUGGUUAUAGACCCAAACAACUCCUGUCCCGCCAACCUCACGUCGAUCCCAGCCAAAAUUCUGGAAAAAAUCAUUAAGUUAGUGGUUCACAAACAUUUAGAAUGUAAUGCGGUCAUUGUUAAUACUGCAGUCAGCAUGGAUUUCUCAUAAAUAAGUCAUGCCAGGCUAAUCUGAUUUCUUUUUUCGAUAGAGUUACAAGCUGGUUCGAUGCAAGGAACCCAUGGAUGUAGCAUAUCUGGAUUUCAGUAAGGCUUUCGACAAGGUCCCUCAUGACCUUCUGGCAAACAAACUAGUCCAAUGUGUGCUAGGCAAACCUCCAGUUAUUAUUAUUAUUUAUUCAUUUUUAUCCCAGUUUUCUCCUGUGGGUGGGAUUCAAAGAAUUUCUCCUGUCGUGGGAUUCAUUAAGUUUGCAGACGACACCAAACUGGGAGGGAUAGCUAACUCCAGAAGACAGGAGUAGAAUUCAAAACGAUCUUGACAGAUUAGAGAUGGGCCGAAACUAACAAAAUGAAAUUCAACAGGGACAAAUGCAAGAUACUUCACUUAGGCAGAAAAAAAUGAAAUGCAAAGAUAUAGAAUGGGGGACGAUGCCUGGCUCGACAGCAGUACGUGUGAAAAAGACCUUGGAGUCCUCGUGGACAACAAGUUAAACAUGAGCCAACAAUGUGAUGCGGCAGCGAAAAAAGCCAAUGGGAUUUUGGCUUGCAUAAAUACGGGUGUAGCGUCUAGAUCCAGGGAAGUCCUGCUCCCCUCUAUUCUGCCUUGGUCAGACCACACCUGGAAUCACACUGUGUCCAAUUCUGGGCACCGCGGUUGAAGGGAGAUGUUGAUAAGCUGGAAAGCGUCCAGAGGAGGGCAACUAAAAUGAUUAAGGGUCUAGAGAAUAAGCCCUAUGAGGAGAGGCUUAAAGAGCUGGACAUGUUUAGCCUGCAGAAGAGAAGGCUGAGAGGAGACAUGAUAGCCAUGUACAAAUACGUGAAGGGAAGUCCUAGGGAGGAGGGAGCAAGCUUGUUUUCUGCUGCCCUGCAGACUAGGACACAAUGGAACAAUGGCUUCAAACUACAGGAAAGGAGAUUCCACCUGAACAUCAGGAAGAACUUCCUCACGGUGAGAAGUGCUGUUCGGCAGUGGAACUCUCUCCCCCGGACUGUGGUGGAGGCUCCUUCUUUGGAGGCUUUUAAGCAGAGGCUGGAUGGCCAUCUGUCGGGGGUGCUUUGUAUGAGAUUUUCCUGCUUCUUGCAGGGGGUUGGACUGGGUGGCCCAUGAGGUCUCUUCCAACUUUACUAUUCUAUCGUUCUAUGAGGCAUUCAACAUAAAAAAUUCAUACAAAUAGAUACAAGCACGAUACAUAGUCAAUUAAAACAUCAUAUCCUGAUAUAAAAACCCAAUUAACAUAUCAAAUAAAGCAAUAUUUAAGAAUGUACAGCAAACACCAUUUAAAGAUAUCCAUAACCUCUGGCCACUGAAGUUAUUUGUCAAAUAUUAUCAAAAUAUUUAUCAGACUGGCAGUGCCUAUUAUCAUUCAUCUGAGAAGGCCUGGCUCCACAGAAAGGUUUUAAUAACCCAUAGGAAUAGCAAAUGUAAAUAACAACUGCUCAAAAUAUUGCUGGAGAGGAUGCCAAGAAUCGGGAACAUACAUACAUAUGUGGUGGCUGUGUCAAUAUGUAAAUAAUUUCUGGGGAAAGGUAUUUAGAGAGAUAGAAGACAUAAUGAACAUUUCAGUAGAAAGAAGUCUUAGCAUGGCUUUAUUAUCAUUCUAUAAUAGUAAACAGUUGAAUAAAGAGGACAAAGAUGCAGAAACAACCUUAUUAAACCUUGCAAGAGUGCUUAUAGCAAAGAAUUGGAAAAGGGAGAUAAAUAUAGAGAUAGAAGAAUGGUAUAAGGAAGUAUGGAAACUGGGGAGAAAUGAUAGGUUGAUAUGGAAAUUGAAAGUUAAACGAGGGAUAUGGAAACAAAGUGAUUGUGAUGAUGUCUGGAGAAAAUGUAUUGGAAGAGGAUUCAAAAAGAAAGAGGGAAAAUUACCUCCAGAAGAGGAAAUAAAAUGGAAUUUUAGACAGAUGAUAAAUAAAAGAAGUUUCUUGGGGGAGGGAGCACGGUGGUGAGGGAAAUAAAAUCUGUAUAAACGUGAAAAUAACAGUAGGUGUCACAUGUUAAUGUAUUGUGGAUUGUAGUGAAUCUUAUGUGGCUGCUGUAGAACAAAGGAUGUAUGAAAAAGUUUAAAAAUUAAUAAUAAAUCUUUGUAAUUUGUAUAAACAUGCUGGUGGGCCGGAGUUCUCCCCAAGCCCCCUCCCUGCCCGGAGGACUGGCUGCCCAGAGAAGAAGAGAGCUUCUCCCUCCGGCCACACCCACCUCCCACUUCCGCUCUUCCUUCCUCUCCGCAACACACCAACACUGGACUGUGGUGGAGGCUCCUUCUUUGGAGGCUUUUAAACAGAGGCUGGAUGGCCAUCUGUCGGGAGUGCUUUGAAUGAGAUUUUCCUACUUUUUGGCAGGGGGUUGGACUGGAUGGCCCACGAGGUCUCUUCCAACUCUAUGCUUCUAUGAUUCUAGAGCGACAACUGGGUCAUUUCCUGUCCUCUGGAGGGAAGAAUGGGAGGGACUUGUAUGUGCCCUUCCCUGCUACCUGCCAUUUGUGAGUGGCCUUGCCGUAACUGUCGUCGGAUGUCAUCCAUCGCCAUCCUUGUUGUAUAAAGUUCUUACUGUGUUUGUGAGUAUCUUUGUAUAUUAAAUAGUUAUGAGUAGCGAAUAAAUCAAGGAUAGAACCUCCAAGGAUUUUGCAUUAAAGUCAGAACUCUGGAGUGUUUAUUCAAAGAGAUGAGCUACUUUACAAGGCCAGAGGCCAUGAAACUGGGACCAGGACUCUGCCGUGUUUUGGGGGUUGGAAUCAUCUACUUGCCUAUGAGACAGUCUGUCCCACUACGUAGAUGGAGGAGGCCAUGAGAGGAUUGAAUUUACAUGGCUACCUAGCAGGGGUGUUGUGUGUGUUCUUACUCUGCUUCUCCUUUUCUUCCUCCCCUCGCCAACACUGACCAGUUGUGCAGGCCUCACCUAAACAAUAGAAAGCAUUAGCCGAAGGUAAGAGCAGUUCAGUCGUGGAGAAUGCUCCUACUGGUGAAAUGGCAGACAAAGGUUUGAGGCAAUGAGACAAAGAGAGUUCCAGUGGCUGUAGAAAAAUGACGUCUUUAUUCUCAAUGGCCAAUGAGAAUACAGCAAUAAAGAAAAAGGAGACCUUCUUCUGUAAUCAGGAAAGCGAAGGUAACUUAGACAAAGAAACACAGAUCCUUAUAUACUAUUUUGGCCUGCCUCUAUCUACGUCACACAGGUAUUAUCAAUCACCAAUUAAUGUCAAAAAAGUCUUACUGGGCACUUAACUAAAAGCUUAUCUUUGCAUUUUCCUAAAAUAUAGACUACUUUCAAGACCUCCAUUAGGUGUUAUCUUUGGAAUCCUCGCCUCAUCCAUUAGGGAUUCUCAUUAAUUAAGGAGAAUCCCCUUAUCUCAGCUGUCAGAGACCUAUUAGCACUGGAAUUCUCGUCUCAUCAAUUAGGGGUUCUCAUUAAUUAAGGAGAAUCCCAGUUAUCUUAGCUGUCAGAGACUUAAUGGCACUCCCCUCAUGGCGCCAGGUCUUAUCUUGACAUCCCAAAAAAGCCUUAAUUUGCCUUUUGUCCAUUAGCUUAUCUAUUCUGGUUGAUACUUAACAUGUCUCAGUGAACUUUGGUCUUGCUAUGGGUAGACAGUUAUUUUGCUGAGCAGAGUGUAGUUUUUAAGGCUAGCACACAAUCUGCUGGUGAUUACAUUUCUCUUAUAUCUAUUUCUUUAACAUGAUUACAUUCAAUAUAUGGUUUCCAAUACAAGUAUUAUAUUUUCCCAAUACACCUUUAUCACUGGGAGUCAACAAGAGUCUCAUCUAAAGAAACAGCAUGGUCUUCUGUUGGGGGUGCUUUGGUUGUUUCUUCUGGCAUGGUCUGAAGGUGAUUAGCUCCUCAGCACACAAGAAAAUCUGAUUGUGAGGAGGAGGAAGAGGAAGAGAUGUGUGUUCUUUAGCCUUAAAACCACUGGAUCAGCCUGGCGCCUCCUUGCCCCCCCUCCCCCCUGCCAGGAAGGAGCAGUAGCGAGAGGGAGAGUCAGCCGUGAAGGCGCGGGCGGGUCUGCCUGGAGACCGGUGACGCGGUGAGAUGGAACUCGAUUCCCAUUGGCAGGUCCCGGGAAGGACCAUUAGUGACAGGACGGCGAAGAAAACCCUCCGGGGGAGUUUCUGCCCGGAGACCGAUGACGUAGAAGAUGAAGGCGAAUUCCUAUUGGCGGAUCCUGGGCAUUGGGAAGAAAGGGAAGAAGGCGGGGAAGGAGGAAACAUAAAUAAUGCAAAUGACAACAAUCAAGAGAUGUUUCCCGCCCUUUCCUUCUUGCUCUGACAGCCUGUCUCCGUCUCAGUCUCAUUCUCUGGGGCUGCAGUGCCGUUCAACUACCGAGAAGCCCCGCCUCUCUGUGGGUCUCCUGCCCGCGGCCGCCAUGUUUGGUCCGGGAGGAAGUCCAGCGAGAGGGGACGCCUGCGCUUCCUAGAGAGGCCGGGGAGUCCCGUGAUGGGCGGUGAGGGGGUGGAAAUCAGCGGCCUUUCGGGGAGAAGAGGAGGUCAGGGCGGGGGUGUUGGGCCCCGCGUUUCCCCCUUUGGCACUGCUGACAGGCCUCCCUUCCUCCCUUCCUUCGGGGCUUCGCGAGGGAGCUGUCUGUCUGCCCCGGAGAGGCUGCGGCCUGCUCUGCCCUCAAGGUAACGGCGGCGCCCCUGUGCAUGCGCAUCCCCCACCCCCAGAGGAAACGCAGGUGGCCCCCCUUGAGCUGGAUUCCGUGGCCGAGGAGACUCGAGUUAUCUCUGCCCUCUGGUCCCCGGGAUAUUCUUAUAUUUAUCUUAUACAGUAGAGUCUCACUUAUCUAAGCUAAACGGGCUGGCAGAAGCUUGGAUAAGCGAAUAUCUUGGAUAAUAAGGAGGGAUUAAGGAAAAGCCUAUUAAACAUCAAAUUAGGUUAUGAUUUUACGAAUUAAGCAAAACAGUUUGAGUUUAAUUCACUCUACUGCUUAAAACAUAUAGUGCAGGGUUGAGCUUUUACUCAUAUAUGCACAAGUAACAAAAUAGAGUUCAAUUCACUCUUUUGCAUCUUUCUAUAACAAUAUUAUAGUUGCGCAGUGUGCUGCAAGUAGUUGUCUUCUUUUGCUUUUCUGCAUAUGAGGAGGAGGUUGGUAAGUAGAAAUGAGAGAAGUCUCUGAUAUGAGAAAUGUUUGUUGCAGGGAACAAAACCAACCUCUGUACACGGCAUUCAUUGACCUUGCAAAGGCAUUCGACACAGUGAAUCACAGUGCUCUCUGGAUCAUCCUCCAAAAAAUCAGGUGCCCUAACAAAUUUGUGAACAUCCUGCGGCUCCUCCAUGAUGACAUGAUGGCAACAGUCUUGGACAGCAACGGCUCCCAAAGUGACCCACUUAAGGUGGAAUCGGGUGUCAAGAAGGGAUGUGUCAUUGCCCCCACCUUAUUUUCCAUCUUCAUCGCUAUGAUACUUCACCUUGUUGAUGGGAAGCUUCCAACCGGAAAUCAUCUAUCGGACAGAUGGCAAGCUAUUUAACCUCAGCAGACUGAAAGCCAAAACCAAGGUCACCACAACAUCUGUUAUAGAACUCCAAUAUGCUGAUGACAACAUAGUCUGGGCGCACUCAGAAGAAGACCUACAAGCCACUCUGAACACCUUCGCAGAAACAUACGAGAAGCUCGGCCUCUCACUGAACAUCGAGAAAACCAAAGUGCUCUUCCAACAGGCACCAGCUCAUCCCUCUGCAAAGCCAGGAAUACAGCUUAACGGUGUCACAUUAGAAAACGUUGACCAUUUCCGCUCCCUUGGCAGCCACCUCUCCACAAAAGUCAACAUCGACACUGAAAUACAACACCGCCUGAGCUCCGUGAGUGCAGCAUUUUUCAGAAUGAAGCAGAGAGUGUUUGAUGACCGGGACAUCCGUAGAGAGACCAAGGUGCUUGUUUAUAAAGCCAUUCCCCUCCCAACCCUGCUCUACGCCUGCGAAACAUGGACUGUCUACAGACGUCACACCAAACUCCUGGAGCGUUUCCAUCAGCGUUGCCUCAGGAAAAUCCUGCAAAUCCCUUGGGAAGACAGGCGGACAAAUGUCAGCGUGCUUGAGGAAGCAAAGUCCACCAGCAUUGAAGCCAUGCUCCUACGCCAUCAACUCCGCUGGACUAAAGGCCACGUUGUCCGAAUGCCCAAAGAUCACCGUCUCCCAAAGCUGUGGCGCAGACGGGAGAGCAAACCAGUUGCAAUUAACUGCAAUGAAUCACUGACCAGGAGGUCAUGAGUUCGAGGCCCGCUCGGAGCUAUGUUGUUUGUCACAAAGACCUAUGUUAAAAGGCAUUGAAUGUUUGCCUAUAUGUGUAAUGUGAUCCUCCCUGAGUCCCCUUCGGGGUGAGAAGGGCGGAAUAUAAAUGCUAUAAAUAAAUAAAUAAUAAAGCAGUUGCUCUACUCCGAACUCAAGAACGGGAAACGGAAUGUUGGUGGGCAGGAAAAGAGAUUUAAAGAUGGGCUUAAAGCCAACCUUAAAAACUGUGGCAUAGACACUGAGAACUGGGAAGCCCUGGCCCUUGAGCGCUCUAACUGGAGGUCAGCUGUGACCAGCAGUGCUGCGUAGUUCGAAGAGGCACGAAUGGAGAAACGUGCCAAGAGGAAGGAGCGUCAAGCCAACCCCCACCGGGACCGCCUUCCACCUGGAAACCGAUGUCCUCACUGCGGGAGAAUAUGCGGGUCAAGAAUCGGUCUCUUCAGCCACCUAAGAACCCACCCCCAAGAUGGAAGACAAUCGUCCUCGAACUACAAGGGAUCGCCUAAGUAAAGUCAUGUUUCUCCUUCUUUCUUCCCCUCAAUGGUAAUCCAUCUAGAGAGCUGCAAUCCUCCAGGAGACUCCCACAAGGUCACGGCUUCCUCCAUCAAAGUUUGCAAAAGUCGGCACUUCUCGUUGGCUUAUUUAUGUGUAGUCAGGUGAACUCCUGCCCUUAUUUUGAGAUCGUUGGAGGCACUGUUCUUGCUAAUGAUUAUGUCAUUUCGUCUGCUGCCAUUCCUAAACCGGAAGUCCAAGUCGAGGUCUUUGAAUAUCAAUUGUUUCUAACCAUACAUCAAUAUUGUUUGCCAAAUUAGAUGCUCUGAGGAAGGCCAGCUAAGUUCUACAAUUAGUCCUAGACAUAGGGCCAAGCAGGGCUGCAUACUGGCAAAGUAAAUAUUUCAUUACUUUUUUGUUAUGUAAUUGCACAAGGGAGGAAGCUUCCAGGCCCCCUUUCUCCCCUUUUUUUUUUUAGAACUAUCAGGAUGAAACUUGCUACUGUGGUAGAACACAUUUACCACUGUCUAGCCCCCCACCCACACACACACAGGUUUCAGAACUUUUCACUCAAUCACUGAUUUUGGGGAAUUGAAAAAAGUUUUUGUGAACAACACAUUUUUACAAAAACUACAAGAGCGAUUUCCUUGAAUUUCUAUUUUCAAUGAUACAACAUAACCAGGGCAUCAUUCCCACCAAGUUCCAUAAAUAUUUGCACAUCCACUGAUUUUUAGGGCAUUUUAAACAACUUAAAUUUAAUAGUACUAUUUCCCCAAAGGCCAUCCAGUCCAACUGCUAGGCUGAGUACUUUCUACCCUGUGCUUCUGCAUCCGUAUCUCUGUUUUUGUGGGCUCAGGGUAAAAGUUCACAUUUCAACUGACAAAGAGUCCUUCUCUCUGGACUUUCCACAGAUAUAUAUAAACCUUCCUUGCUUAGUUUCUCCAUACCUCACAACCUCUGAGGAUGUGGGCGAAACGUCAGGAGAGAAAACUUCUAGAACAUGGCCAGACAGCCCGGAAACCAUACAGCAACCCAGUUCACAUUACCUUUGUUUUUCUCUUUACAUUUGUUCUGCCUGAGGUUACAUACCGUUGUGGUAUAGGUUUUGGGCCUUCUCCGUGGUGACCCCCCGGCUCUGGAACUCACUCCCUAGAGAGAUUAGGCAAGCCCCCACCCUUUUAAUCUUUAGGAAGACCUUAAAAACUUGGCUCUUCCAACAAGCUUUUGGUGAAUGAUUUUCGCCCCUGUAAGGAUUAUCCUGGUGGUAUAUAUCUGUUGCACUUUAUUGCGCCAAAUUGCUAUGUGUGUGUGUGUAAAGAAAUCCUUGCAAAGUUGCUUGCAAAAGAUCUCUGCAAAAAGGGAGCUGAACUUUUUGCAGAGGCAAGCCACGCCUCAAACAAUGUAUCGGUUUGCUGGCAGAUGGCUGGUUUUGUCAGUUGGGAAUCUGAGCUUGCAGGGAGAGCACAGAAAAGACAGGCUCUCUAGCUAUGGUCAAGUAACAGUUUAAAUAUGCUAUGCUGUAUAUAUUGAUUGCUGAUUGAUUAAUUAUUGAUCCUAUGCAAGUACAAGGACAUUGUACGAUUGCUGAACUGUUUACUUAACUUCAACUCAACAAGUAAAGUUCCUUUGUUCUUUCAA